GUACACAAUUUCGUACAUGCGUCGAUUUUUCGUCAGUUUCUUCAAUUUGCCUUUGUGUUCGUCGCGUGCAGACGCGUUUUCGUUUUUCUCCGCCGCUUUCCUUUAAAUUUUAAAUUAGGAAGUACAUUAAAAGAAAAAGAAGUGCUUAGUUUUUUGUAACAAAAUACCAAAUAAAAGUUUGUGUUUAUAAAAGCACAAAUGCAGCCAACUACAGUAAAGCCUGGGCAAUGGAUGUUGGCAAUAUAUGCGCUAAAAACAACAAAAACCAACGGAUUGUCCGCACACAAAUAACAGUAGCACAACUACAGUGAACACCGUCGCAGCACAUUCACAGAACACAAAAACAUUUAAUAUUAAAAACCAAAUCACUUUUAAACCAGACAAAAGAACAAUUCAAAGUCAAACAAUCAAAGCACAAAACAUUAAAAAAAAAAACAUUAUAGAACUUGAAAUUUCCACCAUAAAUCUCAAAACCUUAACAAAAAGCCAUGUUCAAUUUCCAUAAGCCACGCGUCUAUCGCUCUACCGAUGGAUGCUGCAUUUGCCGGGCUAAGUCGAGUAGCUCCCGGUUCACCGCCUCUCGGAAGUAUGAAAAGGAGUCAAUGCAGUGCUUCAAUCUUCACGAGCCCCGAAACGGCGAGAUUUGCAACGCCUGCGUGCUCUUGGUCAAGCGGUACAAGCGUCUUCCUGUCGGCAGCAAGCGCCACUGGGGUCAUGUGGUAGAUGCCCGUGCUGGACCCGGAACAAAAUCAAUGGCCAAACAAAAAAAGCGCGACAACGUCGAAUCGGAGAUCAAGGGCGGCAAUGGCAGUGCCAAUUCGUUUUUGCCCGAGAAGUUUGCCAAAAUUUUUAAGAAGAGCCGCAAGGGCAAGGUUCCACCGACUUCGACACAAAUAUCAUCAUCAGCAGCGGCAGCAGCACCAUCAACUUCCAGUGGUAUUAAUCGUCCCAGUAGUACUUCACCUACCUCCGAGCAACCUAGCGAUUCUAACGAGAGCUACGACGAUGAGCAGAUCCCAGAAGUGGGUGGAACUUUGGGAUUUCCCUACCAAACGCGCAAGCGAACGGCGGACGCUGCCCUGGUCAAUAUUGGCAACACAGAAGCAAGCAAACGACCCAAAGUAACUGGAAGCAAUCGGCGCCGUCAAUUGCCACCGCAGAAGAAUCGUCGGGCCGUUGACGAAGUGCCCUUUUUUGAGGAAAGUGAUCUCGUACGCCUGGAGGUCUGUUGCGGUGUAGUCUUCCAGAGCUUAUCCCUUGGCAGCUCUUACUACAUCAUCGAUCCGGAGUUGUAUAAACCAUGUGAAAAGCAUCAGCUUCUACGCCAUCAGCAGAUGCAGUUACAGAAGCAGCAGCAGGAGCAACAGCAGCAACAUCAAGAGCAGCAGGUGGAGACAAUGAAUUCAACCAUCUCACCGCCAACAACUGAAGUUCAAAACCAGGGACCAAAGGUUGGGCCACUCAAGAAACAUCAUUUGUUCUAUAAGCGACAAUCGGAGUCAUUUCCGCAGGGUGAUAUUCAUAGUAUAAGUCCAAUUCCAUUGAGCAAGACUGAAACGAACGGCCAACCACUUUCGCCGAAGCCACAUUCCAAUCUGUCGCUGAUCCUCAAGGCAUCCGGCCAAUUUCAAUCGCAGGCGCAGACCCAAGUGGUUUCCGUGGGCGCUGCCUCGCCCUCAUCGCUGUCCUCUUCCUCCAAUUGCUCGACAUCUUCGUCGGUGGCCACCAAAUUCAGCGACAACUCCUCGGAUUCCGGAUUCGAUGAGCAUUGUUUGGAACGCAAGUCUGUUAGCCCACCAACGCAGGAUGAAUGGAAACUACGUGGAGCAACGGGAGGCAUGCAGCUGAUCCUGGCCAGCGGUCUACCUCUGGCCGGUCAGCCGCAGAAUCUGGUGCUGGCAGGUAAUGAGUUUACGGCACGUAUUGUCCAACAACGAGAGGCCGGAGCACCACCACCGGUAGCGGCUGCACCUCUCAAAAUUAACGUACUAGGCGGAUCUCAGGGCAAUGGCAAUAAGAUGCGUGCAGUAUUCAAUAGCACCAGCAGCAUUCAGCAUGAGAACGGAGUGACCACCAUACUGCCAGCCUCUUCGUUGGCGGCCAGCAAUCAAACGGCCGCCAUGAACGCCAUAGCACCCAGCACGGUGACCAUAACUCCAACGGUGGGCAAAAAGAUCGCCACCAGUCCUAAGAUCAUAUUGCUGAAGCCCGCCAGAUUUAUGGGCCAAACUACAGCAGCUGUGGCAGCAACAGCGACGGAGUCACCUGCUUCUCCUUCUCCUCCAGAAGCCAAAAUCGUAUAAACGAACGAAAAGGAAAGAGAGAGAGAUAGAGGUAAAGAUAGUUAGAUAGGAGAUGCCUAGCGUCUGGCAGGGAUUACCUCCCUGUAACCAUUGUUAUAAAACAACUUAUUUAAUGGCAACACCAAGCCAACAUCCCUCACCUUUUUUUGUAUUUUUUAUUUUUUUUAUAUCUCAAAGUUAAGAGGAGCGCUCCCCAAUAUUUAUUCUAAGAUGUGUCCCAAGUGGUGCAUAAUGUAAAUACAUUUUAACAACUCGAUUUAUACUUGUAUCCAUCUCCCUACAAAUAUUUUUUGUAGAAUACUCAGCCGAAGGAGCAGCUCCCCCAGAUCAUUAUAUAGUAAUAUUUAAUAUUUCGAAAAAUCCAACCUUAUCUUAGACGUUAGUUUAUGUAAAUACGAUUUAAGCCAGACUUGUUUUUGUCUAGUUGCCCAACUUAGUCAUCGUCUGCACUCCUUACAUUACCAUGCUGAGCGGGGGAUCAAACGGAAAGCAGAACGAAGAGCAUUUUUAAUUUAAAAAAAAAAAACAAACAAAAAAAAAAACGAUUUAUCGUAGUAGUUGGACGUGUAGUAGUUCAGUGCCCUUGUAGUCUGUAGUUGAACACAAAAUUCAACCUUUCCGCCGUGGCGGCUUUAAGAUCAUAAGCCGUGGGAAGGAGCGAAACCACCCAAAACACACAGAAACAAACAAAUUGUAGCCUUAGGAAUGCCUAAACAAACGAAACAAAACAAAAAUCCAACCAUUAUUUGUGUGUUAAAAGAUGUUUUUUAAAUCUAAAUACAAAUAAAAUAUUUGAAAAUAAA